CCUGCUUCUUGUGAACAGGAAGUAGGGGUACGUCAUGAAGAAGUCUGAAACUUGUUUGUGAGUUGGAAGGUCUAAGAAAAAUGCUGUGAUCUGGAGAUCCUGGAGACAUUUUGGUCGCGUUUCUGUGUCCACAAGGUUCCCCUGACACUCAGGCACCUUCUUGGAGUACAGGUUGAUGGGAAUGCCGAGGUGCUGAUAAAUUGUUCCAUCAUCACCAUGGAAACCGUUGUUGCCGUGGCGAUCGCCAUCUUGGCGGCCAUCUUCGUGGCCUCGUUGAUUUCCCUCCUGUUGGUGUGUAAACAGAAGUACUGCGGGCGGGCGGACCUGUACAAGCAGAGUCUGGCUAUCAAUCGCCCCACAGUUGAGUUGGUGAGUGCGAUGGAGACACAUGGAGAAGUGUCAGAUGUAGAGCUGACCAAUGUUGCCUUCACACCCGACAUCGACGAUAUUCUGGAGAAUGAAGCUUGGAUAGAUGACGCAUCGGGACUGAUCCCCCACUGUCUGGCCAUCCUGAAGACGUGUCACCAGCUGACGGAGAGGCUGGUUGGCAUGACGAUGAACAACUCCCAGAUCCGCAGUCAGGCUGACCUCGGGGAGGUAGUGGUGGUAGCAAAGAGAAUCAGCCCAAGGGUUGAUGAUGUGGUUCGUUCCAUGUAUCCCCCCUUGGACCCCAAGUUACUUGAAGCUAGGUCUACUGCCCUGCUCCUGUCAGUCAGCCAUCUCGCCCUUGUCACAAAGAACGCCUGUAUGAUGCCGGGGUCGCUGGACUGGAUUGACAGCUCCAUUUCUGACAUGGAGGAACACAUGUCUGUCCUACGCCAGGCAGCCAUGUCCACCGAGGAACAGGAACCACCAGAGGCGAAGGAAGAAUCACAAUCCUCCCAGCUGUAAAAUAACUAAAGUUUGUAACAUUUGAAGGAACUGUUGAACGAUAAACACUUGUAUUGAUUUUAGUUUGAUUCUUUUGUGUGAAGGUUUCAAACCAAAACAGCUCAAGUGUCAACCGAUAGACAUUUUAUAACGUAAAUCAAUGAGAUUACAGAUUGCUUCUGUAUUUAUAAGGUUGCAAUGUAGAACAUUCCAACUUUGCCAAUAAAAGUGUAACCUUUGUAGUGCUAACAGUAUUAGUGUUCUAAUAUACAUGUACAAGUAUAUUGUCUAGCAUUUGUAGUGCGUUAUUAAGUUUUAUGUUGUCAUAGAUAAGUUAGAAAGCCUCGUAUUGGGCUUUAUAGAAGUUAUAUUUUUGUAAAGCCAUGGAGCUGUGUGUCUUUCUGAGGUAAGGUUAGACUUGGCAUAUCACGUAAACUGUACAUACAUUUGUACCCAUCAGGACACUCCAGCCGCCACUUAAUAGAGAUGGUGGACGAUAUAACUCCCUGCUGUAUGUUUAAUCAAAUGCUGAUGUCACGUAUCCAUAAAGCCUCGUGUGAAUAAGGUUGUGUGUCUGUAACCGUAACUCUUGUGAGUUUACGUUCGGAAGUGAUUGGUCAUUAAUUAUCCUGAUGAAGGUGACAGUGAUGUUGAAAAUUUGAUCCCUGUGUACUCUUUGUGUUGUAAUAAAGUUUAACAUUGUACUUUGAUUACUACCAACACAGAUGAAUUUUCAUGAUAAUUUGUACAUGGACAUGUAAGAAACUGUGAUGGGAUACUGUAACUUGCAUGGUGCUUUCAGGUUUGGUUUUAUGGAUGUAAGGGAAAUACGUACUUAUCGUAUGUACAAAUGUAGUAUUACAGUCAUGUAUUAAGUGUUGCUGUUGCUAUGAAAUAUUACAAAUAUACACGUGAUGUUUUCAAGAUAGAAUUUCAUUGUAAAAAUAGCAAAUGUCCCUUUACAACUUUACAGGAGUAUAGCGUUGUACAUGAAAUUGUCAUAGAAUUGUAGAAGAAGUGGAGAUUAUUUUGAUAAUUCCUGUAAGACUACUUGCAGGAUAUGUAAUACUAUGGGCAUUAUAUGAUGUCCUUGGUGAUACUGGCAGAAGCCAUUUACACUUUUUAACACUGUGAAACAGAUUGAACAAGAAACAAGAAUCUUGGAGAUACAUGUAAUAAAAAGUGCCUUAUUUGGGAUAGGCCAGAAUGGAUCAUAGAGAUGUUGAUCACGAUUCUUAAAAAAAGUACUACUGUAUUAAGUGUUCGACAGAAAAGGGCAAAGUGACACAAAAAUUCAAUCAAGUGCCUGACAAUUUUUCUGUAUGAUCUGUCCCAUGUGAAAUCAUUACUUUUCUUUAUUCCAAGGAGGAUUUAAACCUCAUUGAUUUAUACAUGUAACAUUACUUUGUACAAAAUGUAGUUGCCACCAAGUUUGCUAAAAGCAAUGGUGUGUUUUGAUGGAGUGGGUUUUUAACUGUACAGCUUUACAAUUGUACCUUUUAGGUAUGUAUGGAUGGAGAGGACUUGAAGGAGUGCUGGUGUUUCAAUCUUUUAUAUACUUAAUUUUGACUGUUGUUAUUGCUGUUGAUGCUGUCAAUAAGAAAUAAAAUCUUCUUAGAUUAGUAGAUAGAAAAAGACUUACCCACACCAUAUAUGUACAAAAAUUUCCUAGAUUGGAAGUUAUUUGUAUUAAAUGUAUUGAA